AUGGCUACAUGGAUUUGUUUUCUCCGUGGUGUUCCCGCGGUGGUUGACUUUGCGGCUAUGAGAGAAGCGGUGAAGGCGUUGAAUGGAGACCCCGAGAAGAUCAACCCGAUUUGUCCGGCCGACCUUGUCAUCGAUCACUCUGUGCAGGUGGACGUGUCACGCAGCCUUCUAAGAUAUUGUCCCAAUCCAGGUGGAGGGGCCAAACCCAGCGACCCACAGGGGUCGGGUCAAGGUCAAGGUCUGAAGUCAAAGACGACCCCUUGCCGUAUUUGCACCGACGCGUCGGGAGUGCCAGUGUUAGACACGGUGUGUCCGUUUCAUGGAUAUAAAACUUGCGGUGCUGAUGCAUUAGAGCAAAAUCAGGAACUGGAAUUUUCAAGGAAUCAGGAGAGAUUUCUCUUCUUGAAGUGGGGUGCCAAGGCCUUGAAGAACCUGACAAUUGUCCCUCCGGGCUCUGGUAUAGUGCACCAAGUUAACCUUGAAUACCUCGCAAGAGUUGUCUUCACCACCGACGGAGUUAUGUAUCCUGACAGCGUGGUUGGAACGGACUCGCACACAACGAUGAUCAAUGGAUUGGGAAUUGUUGGUUGGGGUGUUGGCGGAAUCGAAGCGGAGGCGGUGAUGCUGGGUCAGUCGGUCAGUAUGGUAUUACCCGAGGUCAUCGGCUACAAGCUGACUGGAACUCUGUCGCCCCUAGUCACUUCGACAGACGUCGUACUCACGGUCACCAAGCAUUUACGGCAGAUUGGCGUUGUUGGGAAGUUUGUGGAAUUUUUUGGUCCAGGAAUCGUCCAAUUGUCCAUCGCUGACCGCGCAACAAUUUCCAAUAUGUGCCCGGAGUAUGGAGCAACAGUCGGUUACUUCCCGAUAGACGAACAGAGCAUUGAGUAUCUGAAACAGACAGACGAACAGAGCAUUGAGUAUCUGAAACAGGUUAGAGUCAUUGGUUACUUCCCGAUAGACGAACAGAGCAUUGAGUAUCUCAAACAAAUCGUGGAACUCAAUCUCAGUUCGGUCGUCCCAUGCUGCUCCGGACCGAAGCGACCUCACGACAGAGUUCCGGUUACCGAGAUGAAGUCUGACUUCAAAACCUGCUUGUCAAAUAGAACCGGAUUCAAGGGAUACGGUAUUCCUGCCGACAAAAUGAAUGCCUGCGUCCCGAUAGUGUAUGAAGGUCAAGAGUACAUGUUGUCACAUGGUUCUGUGGUUAUUGCCGCCAUUACAAGUUGUACCAACACCAGCAAUCCGUCAGUCAUGCUGGGUGCAGGUCUGCUGGCUAAGAAAGCAGUGGAAGCGGGACUGUCUGUGAAACCGUACAUCAAGACGAGUCUGUCUCCAGGAAGUGGCGUUGUCACGUACUACCUGAAGGAGAGCGGAGUCAUGCCAUUUCUAGAAAAACUUGGAUUUGACAUAGUCGGAUAUGGCUGUAUGACGUGUAUUGGAAACAGCGGACCACUUCCGGACGCGGUCGGGGAAGGAAUUGAAAAGGGUGACUUGGUGGCUUGUGGCGUGUUGUCUGGUAACCGUAACUUCGAAGGUCGAAUUCAUCCACUGACUCGAGCCAACUACCUCGCCUCCCCACCUCUCGUUAUCGCCUACGCUCUCGCCGGAACAGUCUGUAUAGACUUUGAGAAGGAUCCAUUAGGAACCAAUGCGGAAGGUAAACCUGUGUUUCUUGGAGACAUCUGGCCAUCCAGAGAGGAAAUUCAGGUUGUUGAGAAAGAGUUUGUUGUGCCAGCCAUGUUCAAAGAUGUGUAUUCGAGAAUUACAAAAGGCAACUCUCGCUGGAACGCCCUGGAAACCCCCGAAACCUUGCUGUAUCCCUGGGAUGAGAAAUCCACCUACAUCAAGUGUCCACCUUUCUUCGAUAACAUGACCAAAGAGCCUACACCUCCUGAGUCUGUGAAGGAUGCAUUUGUUCUGCUGAAUCUUGGCGACUCUGUGACCACGGACCACAUCUCGCCGGCAGGCAGUAUUGCCAGAAACAGUCCUGCCGCUCGCUUCCUGUCUGCAAGAGGCCUCGUUCCUCGAGAUUUUAAUUCGUAUGGCUCCCGGAGAGGUCACGAUGCUGUCAUGGUUCGCAGUUCAUUCGCAAACAUCCGACUGUUGAACAAGUUCAUCGGGAAGGCAGCUCCAAAAACAAUCCACAUACCAAGUGGAGAGGUGAUGGAUGUGUUUGAUGUGGCAGAGCGGUACCGCAGUGAAGGGAAACCAGUAAUUCUAUUGGCUGGGAAGGACUACGGCUCUGGCUCGUCGAGGGACUGGGCCGCUAAAGGGCCGUCCUUGCUCGGGGUUCGGGCAGUGAUCGCAGAAAGCUAUGAGAGAAUUCACCGUAGUAACCUGAUUGGGAUGGGCCUGGUACCCCUCCAGUAUCUCGAUGGACAGAACGCAGACUCACUGAAAUUGACGGGCAAGGAGACGUAUUCCAUCGAGCUUCCAACAGAACUGACAACCGGACACAUUCUGGAUGUUAAGCUUGGUGAUGGCCGUUCGUUCCAGGUAAAGGCACGAUUCGACACGGAUGUGGAGCUGGAGUAUUUCCGUAAUGGUGGCAUUCUCAACUACAUGAUCAGGAAAAUGAUAUAGUCACUCCAAUAACCUUCACCUUGCAUUAUACCGCACUUCGCACAAAACUGGAGAGAGCAUGAUGGACCUGUUCUAAACUUAGACCAUUAAACUGCCAGGAUGUAACUCUUAAAACUGGAGAGAGCAUGAUGGACCUGUUCUAAACUUAGACCAUUAAACUGCCAGGAUGUAACUCUUAAAACUGGAGAGAGCAUGAUGGACCUGUUCUAAACUUAGACCAUUAAAUUGCCAGGAUGUAACUCUUAAAACUGGAGAGAGCAUGAUGGACCUGUUCUAAAUUUAGACCAUUAAACUGCCAGGAUGUAACUCUUAAAACUGGAGAGAGCAUGAGGGACCUGUUCUAAAUUUAGACCAUUAAACUGCCAGGAUGUAACUCUUAAAAUUGAUCAAAAUUAUCAAAUGUUUGACAUCCAAUAGCCGAUGAUUAAUAAAAAAAAGUCAAUGUGCUCUAGUAGUGUUGUUAAGCAAAACAAACUUUAAACUCCUAAAACUGGAGAGAACAUGUUGGACCUGUUCUAAAUUUGUACAUGUAUCUCUUAGCAAGGUGUAAUGAUAUCAAGUGCUCGAAUGAUUACGGUAAACGCUUCUGGUGUAAUUCAGGAUUUUCAUUGGCAUGGUGAAAUUAAACCAAGUGAUUAAGUGAAAAUUGUAUUAAACUGUUACCAUGUACCAUAUUUAUGGCUUGGUGAAAUUAAACAGUGUUUAUACGAAAUCUAUUAUCAACCGAUAUUUUUGUAUUUAUGACUUGAAAUUAAACAAAGUGUUUACAUUAAAUCUAUUAUCAACUGAUAUUUUGUAUUUAUGGCUUGGUGAAAUUUAAUGCAUUGAUUAAACAAAACUCAUAUGGUCUGUUAAUGGCAUGGUAAAUAAGUGAUUAAAUUAAAUGUGUUAUAAACUGAGAUAUGUUUGUAGCAUUGUGAAAUUUUGUAAAGUGAUUAAAUAAAAAUCGUAUUGGACUCAUAUGGUGAAUAAAGCGAUUAAAUUAAA